ACACAUCAGGUAGCCGAAUCCAUGUGGCAGUGUGGAGCCACAUUUUGGCCUGCAGUGCCCGUCCAUAAUGGUCGCGUUCGCGUGGGUGUUAAUUCCGUGUGCGGUGGUGCUGGCCGGUGUGAGUGUCCGGUGGUUUUUGCGACGGCGCCAAACGUUCUGGCCCCGGCAUGGUAUACCGGCGGCUCGGAAUCCACACCUCCUAUACGGCAACGUGGCAGGACUGGCGGCGCAACAUCACACAGCCACCAUUUUGCAGACGUUGUACCGAGAGUUUCGCGACCGCCAGUUACCGGCCGGUGGAUUUAAUCUAUUCUUCUCGCCCAUGCUGCUGGUCGUCGAUCGAAAGCUGAUCGAGCGUGUGCUGGUGAAAGACUUUGCCCAAUUCCAAGACCGUGGCCUGUACGCUAGUGACAAGGUGAAUCCGUUGAGCAGUGAAACGUUAUUUUCACUCUCAGGUGAUCGAUGGCACCGAAUGCGGCAGCGUAUGUUGCCUGCCUUUGGAGCGAGCAGCGUGCGAACUAUGUUUUCGACCACGGCCCGUAUCGCUCAGACGCUGGUGGUUUACAUCGGUGCGCAGAGCAAGCGGCGCGAUCUGGAGUGGACGGACUUGAUGGCACGCUACACGACGGACGUCAUCGGAAGCUGUGCGUUUGGUAUCGAUUGCCGUACGAUUCGCGACCCGGGCACGGAGUUCCGGGCGAUGGGCUAUCGAGCGUUCCGGUGCAGCUUGAGACGGAUGUGGAAGCUGCGGUUCGGAUACGCUUUCCGACGGAUCGCCGACAUGUUGCAGCUGUGUGUGAGCGAACCGACGGUGGAGCGGUUUUUCCUGCAGCUUUGCCGAUCGACGGUUUUGCACCGGGAGAGCUACCAGAUGGUGAAGCGUGACUUUCUGCAGAUGUUGCUGGAGAUGAAGGCGAACGGGCAGCUCGAUAUGACGCAGGUCGCUGGACAGUGCUAUUCGUUUUUCAUCGCUGGCUUUGAGACGUCCGCCAGCUUGAUGAGCUUCUGUUUGUACGAGUUGGCCAAGAAUGAGACCGUGCAGGAGAAGCUGCGCGGUACCAUUGGGGCAGCGCUUGACGAAACUGAUGGACAGCUGAGCUACGACAUGGUGAUGUCUUUGGGGUAUCUGGAUCAGGUGGUGAAUGAAACUCUACGAAUGUAUCCGCCGGUUGAUUUUCUGUUUCGCGUCGCAAAUGCCGACUACCCGAUAGACCGCUUCGGAACCAUUCCUCGGGGGACACUGCUUGUUGUGCCUGUGCACGCAUUGCACCACGAUCCCGACUACUAUCCACAGCCGGAAGUGUACGAUCCGGAACGGUUUGCUCGUGAGCCAAAAGCGAGCCAGAAACGAAAAGAUGCACCAUUCUUGCCGUUCGGUAUGGGACCAAGGCACUGCCUGGGCACGACAUUCGGACUAAUGCUUGUGAAGGUCGGUUUGGUGGCAAUGGUGCGCUCGUUCCGCUUUUCGCUCGAGGCGGAUCGAACACCGGAAACUGUUACCUUUAAACCGCGCUCGCUAGUGCUAGCCCCGAACAGCGGGAUAUACCUGAACGUGGAGAGGGUUUAAAAAAUUGUGAUAAGACUUUGAACCUUUGUAAGGGUCGUUUGGCGUUGGUUAUCUUAGAGAGGGUUUACCUUCAAUGUUUUGGAACCAAUGACUCCAACAGCAAAAAAGAAAGAGAUGAUGGACAUGUUUUUGGCAAGUCAUGGCUUUAUCGUUGCCACUUAUCAGCAACUGAGAUGUGCGUUAGGUUAAGUGUAGCGGCGUGGCCCGUCAUCGAUGUGCAUCAGUGUGCGAGUAUAUACAAUCGCUAGGGUGAGUGUGAGAUAUGAUUUGUAAAUAAAACAGGCAUCCAUAGGAAUCCGGCAAUGGGCCCGGUCUUGUGAAUGAAA